GUCCGCCGAGCGCCUCAGAGACGGGCGGGUGACUCAGCAGAAUGAAACAUGUCUCUGUCAGUCAGCGCUGAGCCCGCCUCCUCCUGCUGAACGCCCCCACAUCAUCCCGGCCGUGCAGCCUGCACGGUGUAUGUACCAUGGCGCGCCUGCCGCCUCACACCCGCCGCCGCCUGGUAGACGGAUAAGCCGCCCAGCAGCAGCAGCUACACUCGCAGACCCAGGAGACAGGGGGGGGCUUCUCCUUUCCCGCCCGUUCUGAAGCGGAAGCGGCGGGGGCGCGCACAGCGGCGGCGGCGGGAGCGCGCCCCUGGCUGACACAGCUCCUCUGUUACUAUAAAUGGUGUGAGGCGGCCGGGACUGGGCAGCGGCGACCGCGGUGCACGGACACAGCCGAGGCGGGGGUGUGGGGCAGCUGGGCGGGACCCCGAGGUAGGCGCUGCUUAUUAUUGUGUCUCUGACGCCUCUCCUCCUCCCUCCCCCCCGCCUGUGACCACAGUGGUACAUCCCAGGGUGUGGAGCCUGAGACUUGGGAGAGCCCAGAGUUCAGAGCCGGGGAGCGUCUGUCCGGGACACCCGCCGCCAGUAGCAGCAUCAGCAGGCCGCAGACGGCCCGUCCUGUCCCGCUGGGAUCGCCGCUCGCUGGGACGUGACCUUCCAUGACCCGCGUUCACCUUCACCCGGCUCCCAGGGCUCCGGAGCGGCCCCCGGCGCCGCGCCUCGUCUGUCCGCUCCCGGCAGGCAGUAUGCUGCCCCAGAGAUAAGGGCGGUGUGACGGGCUCCCGUACUCUCCUCCUACCUGUAGCAGCAGCCAGCCAGCAGGCCGCCAGCGAUGGAUCUAUAGGCGGCUCCCCCAUUCAUCCAUGGUGAUCACAUCCAGCACUGACGAGGCUCCCCCUCAGAGGAUGCUCACAGCCUUACAGACGGAAUGGGGCAAUAAGGAUCCCGGCGUGUGUUACCUGCCUCCUGCACACUGCAGCAAGAAGCCUUCCAGAAGUGGCAGCAGUACAGGAUGCAAGUCCUCCUCUUCUUUCUGUCUGGCUGCCCCUUUUGCCUUUGUCCCCACUGAGGCAAGCAUGUCGAGCCAGCACAGCCACGCUCCUUUCUCCAGCCUCCAAUCAAUGGCUGAUCAUCAGCAGGUUCUGCCAGACAUGACCAUUCUACAGCGGCGGAUUCCAUUAACCUUCCGAGACUCGGCAGCUGCACCUCUACGGAAGCUUUCAGUGGACUUGAUAAAGACUUACAAGCACAUAAAUGAGGUUUAUUACGCUAAGAAGAAGCGCCGUGCUCAGCAAGUACCACCUGAAGACUCCAGCACGAAGAAAGAGAGGAAAGUGUUCAACGAUGGCUUUGAUGAUGACAACUAUGAUUAUAUAGUUAAAAAUGGAGAGAAGUGGAUGGACCGAUAUGAAAUAGAUUCUCUUAUUGGAAAAGGGUCAUUCGGGCAGGUGGUGAAGGCGUACGAUCAUCAUGAUCAAGAAUGGGUAGCCAUUAAAAUCAUUAAAAAUAAGAAAGCGUUUCUGAACCAGGCCCAGAUAGAGCUGAGACUUCUUGAGCUUAUGAACAAACAUGACACAGAAAUGAAGUAUUAUAUUGUGCAUUUAAAACGGCACUUUAUGUUUCGGAACCAUCUUUGCCUGGUGUUCGAGCUACUCUCCUACAACUUAUACGACCUUUUAAGAAACACGAACUUCCGUGGUGUUUCCCUGAACUUGACCCGAAAGUUUGCUCAACAACUCUGCACGGCUCUUCUCUUUUUGGCAACCCCGGAGCUCAGCAUCAUUCAUUGUGACCUGAAACCAGAAAACAUUCUUCUGUGUAACCCAAAGCGCAGUGCCAUCAAAAUUGUGGACUUUGGCAGCUCCUGUCAACUUGGACAAAGGAUCUACCAGUAUAUUCAAAGCCGAUUCUACCGGUCGCCCGAGGUGUUGUUGGGAAUGCCGUACGACCUGGCAAUAGACAUGUGGUCUUUAGGGUGUAUUUUGGUGGAAAUGCACACUGGAGAGCCUUUAUUCAGUGGAUCCAAUGAGGUGGAUCAGAUGAACAAAAUAGUAGAGGUCCUGGGGACUCCCCCAAACCACAUGUUGGAUCAGGCCCCAAAAGCACGGAAAUACUUUGACAAGCUUCCUGAAGGAACAUGGACUGUAAAGAAAAAUAAAGAUAUCAAAAAGGAUUACAAAGUACCGGGGACUCGUAGGCUCCAUGAAGUUCUGGGAGUGGAAACUGGUGGUCCUGGCGGACGCAGAGCGGGAGAACAGGGACAUUCGCCAUCAGAUUAUCUCAAAUUUAAAGAUUUAAUUUUACGAAUGUUGGAUUAUGACCCCAAAACUAGGAUUACCCCUUUUUAUGCUCUCCAGCACAAUUUCUUCAAGAAAACAACCGAUGAAGGGACAAAUACAAGUAAUAGUAAUUCUACAAGCCCCGCAAUGGACCAUAGUCACUCAACCAGUACAACUAGUUCUGUGUCCAGCUCAGGAGGAUCAAGUGGCUCUUCUAAUGAUAACCGCAAUUACCGGUACAGCAACAGAUACUACAACAGUGCUGUUGCUCACACAGAUUACGAGAUGCAGAGUCCACAGGCUCAUUCUCAGCAGCAGAUAAGACUGUGGGCCGGUGGAGAUGUUCCGAUCACAAACAGCGAUUCCUACCCUCAGAUCUUACCUCACAAGCCUACACCCAGUCAGCCGCAACACUUUCAUGGAAACGAACCACAUCACCCUCACCCACUCUACCAUCACGUUAACCGGCCACACUACCACCGGCAGCUCAUCACCUCCUCCUCUCCGCAAAUCCCGGAGUCCAUGGAGCUCAGCUUGGGACACAGACACCCCCAGUCUUCCUCUUCAUUGCACCCACACCACCCUAGCUUAGACUGCACUCCGUUUGGCUCCUCAAACUUACACUUAGGGGUUUCUGCUUUUCGGACUAGAACAGUCAGCGGGCAUAACGAUUCCGGCGUGCCUCUGAAUUACCCCUACUCUAGCAACACAUCCAGCAUGGUUGGACCACCUCAUAUCCGAAACAGGACGGAAACUGAAGAGAGUGCGAUGUUAGGCGUUUGUGUCCCUCAGAGUACAGCCGCCAGCUCUUGAUGAUUCUUUCAUGUAAAAUUAAAGCCAUACCAAUAAUAGAAAAUACUGAAUUCGGAGGAGGGCUGACAGGCGGCUGCAGGGUGGGGUUGUGGAAAAAGGGUGAGCUGGCUUUUAUCACAACCAUCAAAAAAAAAUGUCAAGGUGUAGCUGUUAAUGUGAAUUGUUUAUUUAUUAAAAAAAAAAUCACUACGAGAGGAGUGUGAAGUGUGUGUUAACCCAUUGAGAAGCAGUUUUAACAGACUUCAAUUGGACUGCUACUUUUUAUUUUAUUUUUUUAAUUUUAUUUUUAUUUUUUAAUUGCUUUUUGACACACUGGUAGAAGUUUUAACCUGUGCAAAGACUUCAAGACAUUUCCAAUGCUUCCAUUUCUAUCAUAAUUUCCUCCUUCAGAAGAAGCAGGAUUAUCCAGACUUACUUUGCACGUCAGUGAACUCGUUUACAAGGCCAAACGUCACUCUGCAAAACACUGUCUGUGCCAGUUGCCCUACGCUGCCAUUUUACCAUUCAUACAGUUUCCUGUGUUGCCACCCCACCCCUCCCCCCCACACUUUUGUACCAAUCUUGCUAGGGUGCAAAAAGAAAAGAAAAAGAAUGCACUUCACUGGAAUAAUCUUGGCUGCUAACUCCACUCUCUCAACUGGAAUUGCUGCUAAAACUCUUUAACAGUUUGCUUUCUAAAACAUAAAGGUCCCCAUGUCUUUUAUUUAUGACUUCUUACUCGGUCAGUUUUAGCUGUUUCAGGAAAGAUUUUUAGGAGCCAUUUUUUAUUUUUCAGAUAAUUGCAGAAGUACAGUGAUGUGUUGGAGUUUCUUUCCUUGUGUUUUAUUGUUUUGGGGGUUUGUUUUUUUUACCAUCCUUUUUAAUUUGAGUUGACAAUUUUUAUUUUUUUUAUAGAAUUUUUACACUUAUUUCGGUUUCAACACUAAAAAAAAAAAAUAUCCUUAAUUAUUGACGGCAUUUUUCGGCCUCUACGUUUAACGUGACCAGUAAUGGCACUCCGUCAUGGGUUAUUGUAAGACUCUAAGCCCUUGCUUCAGUAUUAAAACGUUACAGUGCUAUGUGCUGUAACAGUAGGGUUUUAUAUUUUUCAUAUAUAUAUUUUUUUUUCCAAAAAAGCUAUCAAAAUGUAAAGAUUAACCUGUCCUCUUUUUCAUAUCUCUGUGGAUAGUAAUGUACUGUUUUUAUUUUGUUUUUAAUUUUUUUUUUUUUUUUUUUUAAUUUAUUGUACCAAAGAUGGUAUUGAGGCAUCACUUUAAAAACAAAAAACAAAAAAAAAAAAUCAGACAUGUAAGAUGAUUGUCUUUUUAAAUGUUUCCUUUUUCUGUUCUUGCGUGUUUAAUUGGGCUUAAAAUUCUGAAUCAUGUGUAGUUGCUAUUGGACUCCAAGGCCUUUCACAUUCAUGUUUGUUUCAAGUAUUGUUGGGUGAUAAUGGAGGAUCCUAAAAAUAAAGUAAUAGACAGCUACAGAAGAUCGAAAGGGUCAGUCUGAUUGUGUCUUAAAAACUUGAAACUCUCUAAAAAGCAUCAAGAGGAACCCAUUACCCAUGCUGUAAAAUAUCUUCACCAUGCGAAAAUGUUUUGGUAAAAAAAAAAAAAUUAGACGUGUGUUAAUAACUAUAAGUACAAUUUGCUGCCGGUUGCGCUCUCACCGAAACUCGUUUGAAGCCUCAGCGGUAGCAAAAUGGUUUAUUAACAUAUUUUUGGGGUGUAACUAUAAUAAGUUAAGAUCCUAAAUGUCACAUUGACAUUUCCAAACGUAUGUAUGCCAAACUUCAAGGAAUUCUGUGUACCGUCUGGCAUGCCUGUUAUCCAUACAUUUUGCUAUGCUGUUUUAUUUCCUGCUUUUUGUAUAUCAGAGUUAACUAAUGUUAAUGCACAUUUACUCUAGUAAAGAAAAUUUUCUUAAAGCCUCCUAUUUAAAAUGUAUAACAGUGGCAUUUUGUAGGCUUUAAGUUUUCGUUUCAUUUCUAUUGUGCGCUCCAUUUUUAGGUGUUUUUAUUUUUUAUUUUAAAUGUUUUUGACAGGCCUGGAGAUAGUUCAUGGCGCAGCGAUUCUAACAGGGUCUUCUCGAUUGUAAAAGGAUGUAGACUAAACCCACCUGAGGACUUUCACUGAUGUGUAACUUUUAUGGAAAUAUUUAACUUCUGUUUUGCCACACAAAAAAAGUCAGAAAAUUGCUGUAUGGAACUUAAUUCAUAGUGAAAAGUAUGAAACUAUUGGUUGCUUAUUUAGCUUUUAUUUCAAUAUUUUAUUUUCCUGUCAAUUGUGUGACUCAAGUCCCUACUGUUAAAGUACAGAGCAGGUUUGUACUGCACAAGAGAUCAAUAAAUGAGGCUUCUACUUUGGACUUAA